CAAAAAGCUGAUGAAAAUUCCUCACAAGAAAUUGAAGCUGAAACAAGUGAAGAGGAAAUGCAGUCCGGUGCUUACGACCCGGAAACUGGUGAAAUAAAUUGGGAUUGUCCAUGCCUAGGAGGUAUGGCUAAGGGCCCUUGCGGAGAAGAAUUUAAAGCUGCGUUUUCAUGCUUCAUAUAUUCGAAAGCCGAACAGAAAGGUGCCGAUUGUUUAGAUGCUUUCAGAGAAAUGAAUGAAUGCUUCAAAAAAUAUCCUGAUGUAUACAAAGAUGCUAGUGGAUUAUGUUACGAGCCUCAUGUUAAUUCGUUAGUAGAAAUAAAAUCUUAUUUAAGAUCACAAAGAUAUAUUCAAGUAGGAAACGGGAUCCAGGGCAGCGCCAACAGAGUACAAAUGAAAUCACAAAAGACGUUAUUAAUAAAAAAACUUUUUUUAGUAAAAA